AUGCCCUGUACCUAUUCUGUACGACAGCAAUACACUCGCAUGACGGUGACGUCCUCUCCGACACCGUUGUCAAAUGCAGCUUGGCUCGCCCUCCGCCCCUCAGAUCUUACUGCCCGCCCCGCCCCCUUCCCCCGCGACCGUCCACGUCCAUGCCUUCCGACACGAUCUACUUUCCGUCAGCAUCCCGCCGACAGAUCUCCCAUGUACACUAGUGCAGUGCUGCACCGCUGUAAAAACGAGUUGAGACGACCGCACCCACGCGUCUAUGAUAAAACCCAUCGCCCGUUUUCCUUCUCUUCUCAACCUCUCUCCAACCCCCGCCUCAUGUUGUGCUCCCCCACCGGUCACUCAAUGCGACGUCCUCCCGUGCGAGCACAAAUCUCGCGCGCCACGUGGCCCGCAUGCCUAUACCCGUGUCCGUAUAACUCGCCUGCACCCCGAUCGCAAGACCUCAAUGCCAUCUCCGCCCGCUCCGCGAGCCAGCACCGUACUACGCUGCGCAUCUCGCGUGCGCAUCUCCCGCCUCUUAGAUGGCCCCGCCUUUAUCGCGAGUCCAUCGCUUCGUCCUGCCGCUACAUUACUCCCCGCCUAUCCCCCAUGAUGGCGCAAGGCUAG